AUGGUAAUCAUUGUGAGCAAAUCAGCUGGCCUAUUUAUGUUGAGCAUUUCCCCUCGUGAAGUGUCAAUUUCUUUUAUCCUCUAUAAUCUUCCUUCACUGGCAUCAAUGGAAACCUACCAGUCUGUCCUCUUAGUAACGCAUCUGAUGCUAUUAUUGUUUACCUCAUCAUCGGCGGUGAAGCAUAACAACAUUACCGACCUCUCGGCCCUCUUGGCCAUCAGAGCGCAGGUCAUCGAACGUGAUCCAAGCAGCGUUAUAUCCGCCAACUGGACCACUGAUGCCUCCUUUUGCACCUGGAUGGGCGUCUCCUGCAGCCGUCGAUGGCGAAGAGUCACUGCUCUCAACAUUAGCAACAUGCCGCUCUACGGCACCAUCCCUCCUCACAUCAGCAACCUCUCAUUUCUGUCUCUGCUCUCGCUUUCCAAUGAUGGCUUAGCCGGAACCAUUCCUGAAUCUCUGGCUCGGCUGCCUCGACUGAAAUAUCUCGGACUUGAUGGUAAUCAGCUUUCAGGUUCAAUACCUCCUGCCUUUUUCAACAUGUCAUCGCUUAUUGAAUUGCGUCUCGGGCACAACAGUAUUUCAGGCACCCUGCCCUCUAAUGAUAGCAACUUCCAUCCGUUGUUCCCUCAUAUUAUGGCUAUGUCUUGGAACCAACUCACUGGCAGCAUCCCGUCUAGCCUUUGCGGUAGUCGUACUCUUCAAUUUCUGAGCUUGAGUUUUAACCAGCUAACCGGAAACAUACCGUCCGAGAUUGGAAAUAUGAAGCAACUUAAUACAUUAUAUCUUGGAAGUAACUACCUAACGGGUACCAUACCAUCCUCUUUAGGUAACCUGACUAACCUGUCCAAAUUAAGUCUUGGCAACAGCAGCUUCCAUGGGAAUAUUCCCGAGGAGUUGGGUCGUCUCACGAGCCUUGAUCGUUUGCAGAUUAGUUUCUGUGGUGGUAUUACUGGUCCCAUACCGAUUUCUCUUUCCAAUUUGUCAUCACUCACAUUCUUUCAACUGGCCAAAAAUAGUCUCACCGGACCAGUGCGUUUGCAGUUUGGGAACAUGGCUAACCUUUCAAUCUUGGAGCUAUUAGGAAACAAACUAACAGGAGGAGUUGACUUCCUUGCAUCGCUUUCGAACUGCAGAGUUUUAGAUCGUGUUAACAUUGGUGAAAAUGAGCUGGAUGGCAUUCUUCCAUAUACCGUAGGUAACCUUUCAAGGACUCUAACCGUGCUUGGCAUUCAGGAUAAUCAUAUUAAGGGGAAAAUUCCUGUUGAGCUGGGUAACCUGUCUGGAUUGAUCGCUCUAUCAUUGAGCAAUAAUGAGCUAGUUGGAACGAUACCGUCUGAAAUCAAAACCCUACAAGGCUUGCAGUCCCUAAGUUUGGAUAGUAACAGGAUAUACGGUUCGAUCCCACAUGAGCUCGGCCGAUUGAGAAACUUGGUCGCACUGUACCUCAAUGGCAAUUGUCUUUCUGGAUCGAUACCUGACUCGCUGGGCAACAUCACUGGACUAGAGAUCUUAAGACUUGGUGCUAACAGGUUAUCCUCAACAAUUCCUGAAACUAUUUGGAGUUUGACUCAUCUACAUGAAUUGAAUCUGUCACAAAACCUUCUCACUGGAUCGCUGCCAUUAACAUUGUGGAACAUGCAGGGCUUAUAUGCAUUUGAUGUAUCAAUAAAUCAGCUGUCGGGUGACCUUCCAAGUCCUCCGAAGUAUCUCGAGAUCAAUUAUUUAGAUCUAUCAAAUAACUCAUUCGACGGGCACAUUCCUGAAUCAUUUGGUAAUCUCAUUAAUCUUGAUGUCUUGAAACUUUCUUGCAAUAAGCUCUCAGGUGUUAUACCCGAGUCCUUAGUCAAAAUCCGACAUCUCAGCAUCCUGAACUUAUCUUUCAACAAGUUGGAAGGAAAGGUUCCAAAUGACGGUGCCUUUUUAAAUGUAAGUGCCGUGUCUUUGGAAGGAAAUGCAGCAUUAUGUGGAGCACCCAGAUUAGGAUUUUCAUCUUGUAAUCCAUCUGAUUCUAAAGAUUCUAAUUCAAGGAGGCAUUUGCUAAGGUAUAUCCUCCCUGUUAUUGCUUCUUCCGGAGUCCUCCUCCUUGGUUUUUGCAUCUUAUUAAGAUUUUGUAGAAGGAGAGCCAAGAAUCUAGCCCCUCCUAGCAUGCUCUCUUCUACUCACCAUAGAUUGAUCUCAUACUACGAGCUUGUUCGUGCCACUGACAACUUCAGCGAGAUAAACUUGCUGGGAAUGGGGACUUCUGGUUCUGUGUACAGAGGGCUUUUAGAUGACGGCCUUCUUGUUGCCAUAAAGGUCUUGAAUUUGGAAAUCGAAGGAGCUUCAAGGAGUUUUGAUGCUGAAUGUCGUGCUUUGAGGCUGGUUCGACACAGAAAUCUUGGUAGAAUCAUCAGCACGUGCUCCAACAUGGAUCUCAAGGCACUUGUACUCCAAUUCAUGCCCAAUGGAAGUCUAGAAAGAUGGCUACACUCCCAUAAUUACUGCUUGAGCUUACUUCAAAGGAUUGACAUCAUAAUCGAUGUAGCUUCAGCUAUUGACUACCUUCAUCACCACCAUUCUGAGGUUAUUCUACAUCGUGAUCUAAAACCGAGCAACAUUCUUCUUGAUGAAGAAAUGGUUGCACAUGUCAGCGACUUUGGCAUUGCAAAAUUGCUGAGUGGUGACAACCGGAGUGUAACCUCAGCAAGCACGGCAGGAACAAUUGGCUAUAUUGCUCCAGAGUAUGCAUCAACUGGAAGAGUCUCCACAAAGGGAGAUGUCUAUAGCUUUGGAAUAUUGUUGCUAGAAAUCUUUACGAGAAAGAAGCCUACUGAUCCUAUGUUUACGGGGGAAUCAAGCUUGCGACGAUGGGUAAAUGAUGCAAAUCCUAGUGGCCUAUUAGAUAUUGUGGACUGCAAUCUCCUGAAAGAUGAAAAUGGAAAUGAAAGGCCAAAGAGCUACUUAAUUUCAACACAGGCCUGUCUAUCUUCCAUCAUGCAGUUGGGGAUCAUCUGUUCAAGUGACUCGCCUAGAGAAAGGCUUGCUAUGAAAGACGUCGUCCCACAGUUGCAGAAGAUCAAGAUGAGGUAUAUGUCUGAGUCUUGUGCUGCUUGAAACAUGACAGUAAUGUAUUAUGAAUUUACUUGUAUGCAUACAGGUUUCUUGCCAGUUAUAUCAGGAGUAAUGUGUAUUAUGAAUUCUGAAGCGACUAUGAGAAGCAUUUUAGUAACUUUUGUUUUCUAGAUUU